AUUGUACAAUGCAUCUGCUUUGAAUCUCCUUUCUUCUUUUAUUUUUCACUGAUAUGCUUAAAUUUCUUCUAUUGGUUGUUAGCUUUUGAAGGCUUCUUUAUACAAGCUUUGGGUUAUGUUUCUUGUUUUGUUUGUUUGGUGGUCAGGAAUGAUAGUGAUGUAAAUCUCAUUCCUUUUUCUGACCCACAUUAGUAUCGGCAUCAAAUCUACAGUCUCCCUUCUAACAACACUUUUCAGCGUUAUAUAUCUUGAGCUUUCAUUACAACCCUUCACUGCAUCCACAAUGCGUUAAGGAAAAACUUCAGUUCAAGAAAAGGGAUAGUCCUAUUUGUUGCUUAAUCAUUCAAUGCUUCUGUUAUUUUCAAGUUUCUUUGAAUUCUGUUUUUUGGGUCUUGAAGCUUCGUAUGCCCAUACGCACGUAACCUCUCCUUGGGACUAGAUUGCUAUAAGCACCUUCCUUACGAACUAUGGAGGAGACGUUUGUGCCAUUUCGUGGUAUCAGGAAUGAUCUUCGUGGGAGGCUGAUGUGUUACAGACAAGACUGGACUGGUGGUUUCAGGACAGGCUUCAGGAUUUUGGCCCCCACCACAUAUAUAUUCUUCGCAUCAGCAAUCCCAGUUAUUUCAUUUGGAGAACAGUUGGAAAGAGAUACAGAUGGGGUUUUAACAGCAGUUCAAACAUUAGCUUCUACAGCACUAUGUGGAAUUAUACAUUCAAUCAUAGGAGGUCAGCCUCUGCUGAUUCUUGGAGUGGCAGAACCAACUGUAAUUAUGUAUACAUUUAUGUACAAUUUUGCUAAAGACAGGCCAGAUUUGGGAUCAAAGCUCUUUUUAGCAUGGACUGGAUGGGUAUGUGUGUGGGCUGCGAUAUUGCUGUUCCUGCUGGCUAUCUUAGGGGCUUGCUCCAUUAUUAAUAGGUUUACUCGGCUAGCAGGGGAAUUAUUUGGCCUCCUUAUCGCGAUGCUCUUCAUGCAAGAAGCUAUAAGAGGACUUGUUGGUGAAUUUCGCCUACCUGAAAGAGAAAAUCCGAAGUCAAUUGAGUUUCAGCCUUCAUGGAGAUUUGCAAAUGGAAUGUUUGCUUUGGUCCUGUCAUUUGGUCUUCUGCUUACCGCAAUAAGAAGCCGAAAAGCAAGGUCUUGGCGGUAUGGGUCUGGAUGGCUACGAGGCUUCGUUGCAGAUUAUGGUGUGCCACUAAUGGUCCUAGUUUGGACUGCUGUUUCCUAUCUAACUGCUGGAAGUAUUCCGAAAGGAAUCCCUAGACGCCUCUUUAGUCCAAAUCCAUGGUCACCGGGUGCAUACGAGAAUUGGACUGUCAUUAAGGACAUGCUAAAUGUGCCGGUUCUCUAUAUAAUUGGGGCUUUCAUUCCUGCAACAAUGAUUGCAGUGCUUUACUACUUUGACCACAGUAUAGCUUCCCAACUCGCUCAGCAGAAAGAAUUCAACUUGAGGAAACCCUCCUCUUAUCAUUAUGAUUUACUUCUUCUGGGGUUCAUGGUCAUAUUGUGUGGUCUAAUAGGGAUCCCUCCAUCAAAUGGUGUUAUUCCACAGUCUCCAAUGCAUACUAAAGCUCUGGCUACGCUGAAGCACCAGUUACUUCGAAAUCGACUAGUAGCAACAGCACGCAUGUCUAUUAGAAAUAAUGCAAGCUUGGGGCAAUUGUAUGGAAGCAUGCAGGAAGCCUACCAACAGAUGCAGAGUCCAUUAAUUUACCAGGAACGGUCGGCUAGGGGAUUAAAGGAAUUGAAAAACUCAACAAUUCAAAUGGCUUCAAGUAUGGGGAAUAUAGAUGUCCCAGUUGAUGAGAGUGUGUUUGAUGUUGAGAAAGAAAUCGAUGAUCUACUGCCCGUUGAGGUGAAAGAACAGCGACUCAGUAACCUGCUUCAAGCUAUAACGAUCGGAGGAUGUGUUGCAGCCAUGCCUUUCCUCAAGAAGAUCCCAACCUCAGUCCUCUGGGGCUAUUUUGCCUUCAUGGCCAUUGAAAGCCUCCCUGGUAACCAGUUUUGGGAAAGGAUCUUAUUGCUCUUCACGGCUCCAAGCAGAAGAUACAAAGUGCUUGAGGAGUACCAUGCCACUUUUGUGGAAACUGUACCUUUCAAGACAAUUGCAAUAUUUACAAUCUUCCAGACUGCAUAUCUUCUUCUUUGUUUUGGGGUUACAUGGGUUCCAAUUGCUGGCGUUCUGUUCCCUUUAAUGAUUAUGCUUUUGGUUCCUGUGAGGCUAUACAUUUUGCCAAAGCUUUUUAAAGCGGCACAUCUUCAAGAUUUAGAUGCAGCAGAGUAUGAAGAGGUGCCAGCUUUACCAUUCAACCUAACAACUGAAGGGGUGAUGAGUCGGGCAGCUUCUUUUGCAGAUGAUGGAGAGAUUCUAGAUGGGAUGGUAACCCGUAGUCGGGGUGAGAUUAGACGGAUGUGCAGUCUUAAGGUAACAAGCUGCACUGCAACACCCUCCAAAGAAUUUAGAAGUAUUCAGAGUCCAGCUGUUGGACAAGUAUACAGCCCUCGCAUAAGUGAACUUAGAGUGGAUCAAAGCCCUCAGCUUGGUGGAGGAGGGCCAUUUAGUCCGAGAACCGGAGGAACAAAAGCAUCUAAUUUAGGGAAAACUGGUUAGAACUUAGAUAUGAAAUAGCAAAAACUGGCGGUGUUUGUAUUGUCAAGUUAGCAAAACGUAGGCACUGGCAGAGAUGAUUGAGUUGAACAUGGAAAUUUGCAAUAACUAUUGUCCUGCCUUCUACUCUUAUAGUUCUUUGGGAAAUUAUGGUGGGCGGGGGUGCAAUUGUAACUACAAGUUUUAUGAAGGAAAAUACUUUAGCCACAAAGUGAUUACACAAAAAUAAACCUACAAACUGAUGUGGCUUGAUGUAGUACGUCAGAUUGUAAAGUUACUUUUAUUAUAAAGUAGAUCUAAUGGAUUCCAUGAAGCCACAUCAGCUUUUGGGUUUACUUUGUGUAAUCUUUUUGUGUCUGUAACUGUUCUCUUUUAUGAAUAGAAAUACCAAGUUUUAUACAUGCUAAAAUAUAUACAUGCAUUAUUUAUUAUUUA